CUCGCGUUUAAUAAAGUGUGACCGGUCAUGAAGAGCGGCCUUUUUAGAAUUUCCCCUCUCUUGGAGCGGUUUUGCAGUGUCAGGCUUCUGUGCACAAUCAUGGGAGCGGGCGGAGAUAGCAAAGGAAUUAUGCAGCCUGUGUGUUUCCAAUUGACAGCCUCGACCCUCUCAAAGCUCCUGAGUGUAGCUCUAAUUUGUGCCAUUUUGUUGAACUCUGUAGAGGGCAGGCCGUCAAUGAAGUCUGCGAGCACUAGCAGGAAGCACAAGUCAUUUUCUAUGAUAAUGUGUGGAAAACUUGGCGAUCUUUGCAGAGUACACUCCAGAAAGCAUUGCUGUGCCGAAGGAUUCACGUGUGUACAAAAGUUAAAGAUAAAGAAAAACAGAAUCCACUAUAGCAAGUUUGGGCGAUGUCAACCGGUGCCGACUUUAGCUCCAAAUGAUAUGGAACUUUUGGAGGAACACAGCCUGCGGGAAACGAGAUAGUAAAACAGCACUUUAGCAUACUGAAGAACAUGGAAAGGACAUAUCGGAUGAGACCUAAAAAUGUAACAUUGUUUUAAGACUUAGAUGAGGAAAUGUUGUUUAUAAGGCAUAAAAAUCAUUUCUAAUCACCGUACAAGCAGGGCCGUAGCAGGCCACGUAUGAUUGGGAAGGGGGGGGGGGGGUCUUUGGUUAAAAAAAAUCUAAAACAAUAACAAAUAAAGCUAGCAGAGGUUUCAGACAAUCGCUUUCCUACGCGAAAUAAAGAAGAAAAAAACAUGGGAGUAUCUUUCUCAUAUUCUGGGACAAAAAAAAAGUAUAUUUAGAUUUUCAGAUGAACCAACAUUGACAAACGGUCUAUAUUAGAUCAUAGCAAACAACAGCUAUUAGCAUUAGCAUAGUUAACUUAAGUUCUUAGAUUUUUGGCGAGAAAAAUUCGAUGCUCAUCUUUUCUAAAAACUCCCGCAAAUAUUUAUGACAUAUUUCGAUAAAAUGGCGUAUUUAUAUUGGCAACUCUCUGUCCUAAUUCUUUACUCACUCGAUAAUUAUUUUGCUUGUGAAUUGUUUGCCUCGACUUCGAAGUUGUAAUAAAAGCUUCCUCGAUA